CCAUGCGUCAAGUAGCGGAACUAUUAGUUCACAAUACAAACGCAACCACUACCUGGCGCUAGUGUUAUGCGUCAUUUCAUUGUUUUGCUAUUCGCCGUAAUGGCGUUUGUGGCGCUAGUUUUGUUGCUUGCUUGGUGAUGGUGUUGUGUAUUUCUCUUGAGGUUAUGUUCGAAGAAAAUUAUUAAUUAAAACAGUGUUUUUAGUGUUUUGUGUUAUUGUGAAAACUCCAACAUAGCUACAAAAUGGAGUCGCGUAGAAAUAGCAUUCCUAUGAUGAGAGCCUGCCGGUUUUGUUUGACUCAGGACGAAACGGUUAGCAGUUUGUACGACAGGAUAAGGGCUCCCAAAAAUACAAUAUCUCUUCAUUUACAAAUUAUGGCAUGCGUCGGCGUCGAAGUAUUUCCUUCAGACCGCAUGUUGUCAUACAUUUGUGACCGCUGCCGCUUCUUCAUGGAUCUGUGCUACAAAUACAAGCAGAUCUGUCGGCAGGCUGAUGAGGCCAUUCUUCAGUAUAUCCAAAAUGACGAGCCCCUUGAUCCCAUUCCGUGGCCAUCUAAGCUGACCAAAUUGCUUGUAUCUCCCAAACGGACUAAAAAAGGAAAAGCUGAAGUAGAUACUUCCCAGAUUGUUUCCAAUGAUGAAGAAUCUGAAGAGGAAGGCAAUGUGUACAACAUUAAGAUUGGAGAAGGAGAUGACGAGGACCCAACCUGCAUCAAGGUGGUCAAGAGCGGGAACAAGCUGCAUGUUUCUAAAGAUGAUCCCAAGACAAAGGCUCGGGAAGAUUCAAAGAUGUCAAGGCAGAUGCGGGGCCAGGCCUCGGACCGGCCGUUCCCGUGCCAGUUCUGCAACAAGAGCUUCACCAAGUCUCACCAUUUCACGAGACACAUGCGCUCGCGGCACAAGAGCAACUCGACGUCGGCUCGCAGCCCGUUCGGGCUCGACCAUGGCUACGGCUGCGACCAGUGCGACGCGACCUUCGCCACGCAGGACGAGCUCAUCUACCACUCGGCCAAGCACGCCACGGAGAACCUCACGUGCCCGCUGUGCCACGAGACGUUCGAGGUGGUGGAACAGGUGUCCGCGCAUAUCAAGACGCAUGUUGACGGAGCCGAGUUCAUGUGUGACUACUGCGAGCUCGUGUUCACUUCCAAGGACAAGCUGGACGCGCACAUCCAAUCCAAACACGACGAUGAAUCCAAUGAGCAGGAAGGUACGAAUGAGGAAUCCAUAGAGGAGGAAGACGAGUUUGAAGAUGAUAACAUAAAUGUUAAAGAAGUAGGUGGUGAAAUGAUCGUAGAAAUAAAGAAGCAUAGUGAAUUUGUUAUGUCUGAGGAUUCGAAAAAAACUGCUGACAUGACAAACUCUGAAGAGAGCGAAUCAGAAGCAACAUACACUGAGCUGGCGACCGUGGAAGCUGUAGUGACAAAGCCCGUGCAACCCGCCAAGGUGCCGGCAGUAGUUCAGAAGCCAGCCCCGGCGCCGGCCGCGGUCGUCGCCGCUUCGCCCGUGCAGAAGGCAGCUGUGAAACCCGCUGAGAAGAAGGAAGAUGCUGCGCCGACGGCGAGCAUCCUCCGCAAGGCCGAGGAGAUCAAGCGGAAGGUGGCCCAGAAAGCCGCUGAGGCUUCUAGCAACAGUUCCAGCCCGAAGGUGGCCAGGGCCGAGGUGACGGUGCAGAAGGUGUCGACCCCGGGGGGCGCCUCGACCGGCGGCAACGACAAGUCGCUGCGGUUGCUCGAGAAGGAACUGCAGGAGCUGAAGAGGACUAACCCAAGCAAAGAUACGAGUGACUCGAAGACUCCCGCGAAGAGCGUCGAGAUCCUGCGCAGCAAGCGCCCGCAGCUGCACACGUCCACGCCCAAGCCGAGGGCCGCAGAAGAGAAGAAGGCCGUGGCUGCGGCCAAAACUCCCGCCGUAGAGAAGAAACAGCCGGCGCGAGUCGUCACCAAAGAGAACAAAGUGCCUGACAACAAAGUGAGCGAGAAGGAAGCCAAGGCCACCAACAACGCGGCCAAGGAAGAGAAAGCUAAGGAGGAUAAGGAGAAAGAGACACCCAAGGCAGUGAAGAAUGGCGAGGCGGCCGCGGAGGAGAACGUGCGGCGUUCCAGCCGCGGCGCUAAAGUCAAAGACUACGCCAAGAUGAUACGAGACAAGGAGACAUCCUCAGACGAUACUGAUGACAACGAUGAAGAGUACAAGGAAAUUGACAAAUCUACUGAGAGUCGCGGGCGCGGUCGCCGCCCCGUGGGCCGGCCGGCCGCCGCGAAGCCCGCGUCGCCGCCCGCCGCCUCGCCCGCCGGCACGCGCAAGCGGGGCCGCCCGCGCAAGGAUGUCAAGGUGCCGCCCAAAGUGAAGAAGGCUAACGAGGAGGAGGACGAGGAAGCCACUCCGGUGAAGAUCGACAAGAGCCAGUCGCGCACGCCGAGCAAGGACGAGAAGCAGGCGGAUGAGAAGAUGGAGGUUGCGGACAAGGAGCCCGCUGACAACAAGAAAGAGGAGACCCCGGUUAAGAGCGUUGCGGCACCGGCCCAGAGUCCAAAUGUCAUGGUUUCACCGAAAGGGACUACGUUGAAAAAGGUUGCCAUCAAACAGUUGCCGCCGGGUGUGAGACCGAUGCCUCUGCCAAUGAAUGCUCGAUCGAUGGGUCCAGGCGAGCUUUGCGAAAUGCAGAUCGGCAAGAAAGUUGUGAAGGUUCAGAAGAUUGUGAUGACGAAGGCCGAAGUGGAAGCCAUGGCCAAGAAGGGACUCGUUGAAAUGAAGGAUGGAACAAUGGUGUUGAAGCAGGGGAUCAAGCUUCCGGCCACGGACACGGCCGCGUUCAAAACGAUGGUCGCAGACCCCGACAAGGCGAAGCCCUCCCCGGCCAAAGAGAAGGCGGUCCCGACUCGCUGCGACGUCGACGACGAAGUGUAGACUAGUGCCUAGUAUUAUUUCCGUUGGGACAUGAAUUUUAUAAACUUCCCGACUACAUUUAGUUACUUUUGAUUUGUACACAUCCGCUGUUGUCAUUUGUAAUGUAUUUUCCAACCAAAUAUCUUGGAUUUAUAUAUUGUGUAGCUUAAAAGUUGUUGCUAAGUUUCUUUUUGUUUUAAUUAAGUAUAGUCGUACUUUAGGAAUUACAACUUUUUCCACAAUGGAUUUAAUUUUAUGAAAUCUUUUAUGAAUAGGUAAAUGGACUACAAUAUUUUAUUGCACACUCAUCAUGUUCAUGAAGAUCUUUAAAUGUAAGAAUAAGUUCAUGUAAGUAUAUUUUAUUGUAAAAAGCAAAGGUAAAUAUACUUACCAAUAUAAGAGUUAAUAAACUA